AUGUCCAACAGCAGCUCCAUCACCCAGUUCCUCCUCCUGGCAUUCGCAGACACACGGGAGCUGCAGCUCUUGCACUUCUGGCUCUUCCUGGGCAUCUACCUGGCUGCCCUCCUGGGCAACGGCCUCAUCAUCGCCACCAUCAUCUGUAACCACCACCUCCACACCCCCAUGUACUUCUUCCUCCUCAACCUCUCCCUCCUCGACCUGGGCUCCAUCUCCACCACUGUCCCCAAAUCCAUGGCCAAUUCCCUCUGGGACACCAAGGCCAUUUCCUAUGCAGGAUGUGUUGCACAAUUCUUCCUCUUUGUCCUUCUCAUUUCAGCAGAGUAUUCUCUUCUCACCAUCAUGUCCUACGACCGCUACGUUGCCAUCUGCAAACCCCUGCACUACGGGACCCUCCUGGGCAGCAGAGCUUGUGUCCACAUGGCAGCAGCUGCCUGGGGCGCUGGGUUUCUCAAUGCUCUGCUGCACACGGCCAAUACAUUUUCCCUGCCCCUCUGCCAGGGCAAUGCUGUGCACCAGUUCUUCUGUGAAAUCCCCCAGAUCCUCAAGCUCUCCUGCUCACACUCCUACCUCAGGGAAGCCGGGCUUAUUGUGUUAAGUGCUUGUUUAGUGUUUGGCUGUUUUGUUUUCAUUGUGGUGUCCUAUGUGCAGAUCUUCAGGGCUGUGUUGAGGAUCCCCUCUGAGCAGGGACGGCACAAAGCCUUUUCCACGUGCCUCCCUCACCUGGCCGUGGUCUUCCUGUUUGUCAGCACCGGCACUUUUGCUGACCUGAAGCCCCCAUUCCCCUUCUUCCAGUCACCAGGGACUUCUCCUGACUGCCAUGGCUUUUCAGCUAUCAUGGAGAGUGGCUUGGCAACCACAUCUGCCAAUUCCCUCAGGACUCUGGGAUGCAUCUCAUCACGUCCCAUAGACUUAUAGAUGUUCAGGUUCCUCGGGGGGUCACGAACCUGAUCCUCCUCUACUGUGGGAGAGGGU